UUGUCCCCCUGUUAUUAUCUUCCGACUCUCCAAAAUUGAGCUGAUAUAAUGACAUGGGAAUAGGGCAGGCUAGAACAUAUCCGGACAGUUGGUUUGUGGCCUUUAUUUCAUGCUGUGUUGUGUAUGGCAGUAGAAUAGUUAACAAUGCACACCCGGAUACUGUGUAGCCGAACUGCAGCGGUCGUCGCUGCGAGGAGAAUGCGGAAUAUUUUGGGUGCAGUAGUUGGAAGAGACGGCUGGAUGUGGAGAAGCCAUGAGGUCAAACGUCUCAACACAUCCUCGGGUGACACAGUGAAGAUCGGAGAGAUCUCUUACAAACUCAAAACACCCCGGAAUCCAGAGCUUGUUCCUGUCAAACACAUUUCAGACACCCUACCCCAAACAGUGGUUCAGCAUCUACGAUGGAUUAUGCAGAAAGACCUUUUGGGCCAGGAUGUGUUUCUCAUUGGUCCCCCAGGGCCCCUGAGGCGGUCCAUAGCUAUGCAGUACCUCGAGUUGACCAAACGCGAGGUGGAGUAUGUAGCUCUGUCCAGGGACACCACAGAGACCGACCUGAAACAGAGGAGAGAGAUCCGCUCGGGGACGGCCUUCUACAUCGACCAGUGUGCUGUAAGGGCAGCGACACAGGGUCGAGUCCUGGUCCUGGAGGGCCUGGAGAAGGCUGAGAGAAAUGUUCUGCCUGUGCUUAACAACCUGCUGGAGAACAGAGAGAUGCAGCUGGAGGACGGACGAUUUCUUAUGUCAGCCGAGCGUUACGACAAGCUGCUGCAGGAGCACACCAAAGAGGAGCUGGACAGCUGGAAGAUCGUCCGUGUAAGCGAGGACUUUCGGGUCAUCGCACUUGGUCUUCCUGUUCCCAAGUACAAGGGCAACCCGCUGGACCCUCCUCUUCGCUCCCGCUUCCAGGCCAGAGACAUCUUCUACCUACCAUUCAAGGAUCAGUUGGAGCUGUUGUACACAGCAGGCCCAAACAUUGCUGCAGAGAGGGUGUCCCAGCUACUGUCACUAGCCACGGCGCUGUGCUCGCAGGAGUCAUCCAGCCUGGGCCUUCCUGACUUCCCUGUGGACAACCUACUUCCUGCCCUUCACCUGCUGAACACUUUCCCCAUGCUGUCCUCCCAGCAGCUAGUCCAGAGACUUUACCCCUACCGCACUAUCUUGGGCAAGGAUGGGCACACUGCUGUGGAGGGUUUGCUCAGUCGCUUUGAGCUUCUAGAUGGUCGUCGCCACCCAGCACCCAGUGGCAUUUCGAGUGUGUCCACAACAAGGGCUCUUGAGGGUUAUGCAGAUGUCAUAUUACGUGUUGCAGACAAGGACAUCACCUUUCAGGUCCCAGCAGGCACCAAGGAGCUACGCCCACCCAACGCUAGCCCCAACUUCAUCAGCACACCAAGCCACUCCCAGCUGCUGGCUGAGAUGAUGCAGUCACACAUGGUUAAGGAUUUAUGUCUUAUAGGAGCCAAGGGUUGUGGCAAGUCAGUGAUUGCCAGAGAGUUCGCUGAGAUGCUUGGUUACAGCGUGGAGCCAGUCAUGCUCUACCAGGACAUGACAGCCAGGGACCUUCUCCAGCAGAGGUACACCCUCCCCAACGGAGACACAGCGUGGAGGCCGGCCCCACUGGUCACUGCUGCCAUGGAGGGCAAGCUGCUGCUCCUUGACGGUAUACACAGAGUCAACCUGGGAACCCUGGCUGUGCUGUCCAGGUUGCUUCAUGACAGGGAGCUGGAUCUGUACGAUGGGAGCAGGCUACUGAGGUGGGACAGAUAUCAGACACUAAAGGAACAGCUGCAGUUUAGUGACCAGCAAAUGCAAGAGAGGUCAGUCUUCCCCAUCCACCCGUCGUUCAGGGUACUGGCUCUGGCUGAGCCCCCUGUUGUGGGUGCCAGUACAAGCAGCAGCAGCAGCAGCAGAAGUCAGCAGUGGUUGGGCCCAGAGCUGCUCACUAUGUUCCUCUACCACAGUGUCACCCCCCUGUCCAAAGCGGAGGAGAUGGACCUCAUACAGGGACUGACUCCCGGGGUUCCAAAGGAAGCAGCAGAGCAGCUGUUACACCUCACACACAGCCUCCGCAAGACAAACGACCCCACAGCACAGUCUCUGGCCUCUUCUCUCUCCACCAGACAGCUGUUGAGAAUCUGUCGCCGUCUCUCUCGGUACCCAGAGGAGAGUGUCGCUCACGCUGUCAACAAGGCGUGUCUCUCCAGGUUCCUGCCCACCCUGGCUCGUGCCUCUCUUCAGAAAAGCCUUGCCAGCUGCUCCAUACAGGACACACCAGGUGCUGCUGAACAGGCUCCAGAGUACAGCUGUGUGCUAAAGGAUGGUGUGCUGACUAUUGGCAGUGUGUCGACUCCCGUCUACAACCCUUACGAGAAAAUGAAGGUUCCAGAUGUGCUCUUCUAUGAUAAUCCUCAGCACUUGAUGGUGAUGGAGGACAUGUUGAAAGACUUUCUGUUAGGAGAGCACCUCGUUUUGGUUGGCAACCAGGGGGUGGGUAAAAAUAAAAUAGUGGACCGGUUCCUGCACCUUCUGAACAGGCCAAGGGAAUACCUACAGCUUCACAGAGACACGACUGUCCAGACUUUGACCCUGCAGCCUUCAGUCCAAGAUGGCAUUAUCAUGUACGAGGACUCACCUCUGGUGAAGGCAGUGAAACUGGGCCACAUAUUAGUGAUUGAUGAGGCAGACAAAGCUCCCACUAACGUCACCUGCAUCCUGAAAACCCUGGUGGAGAGUGGAGAGAUGAUUCUGGCCGACGGACGCAGAAUCAUCUCAGAUCCAUGUGAAGCCAAGGGGAGGCCCAACUCCAUAGUCAUGCACCCAGACUUCAGGAUGCUUGUCCUGGCUAACCGACCAGGCUUUCCCUUCCUGGGCAAUGACUUUUUUGGAGCUCUAGGUGAUAUUUUCAGCUGCCAUGCUGUGGACAAUCCAAAGCCUCAGGCUGAGCUGGCGAUGCUGAAACAGUACGGCCCCAACGUUCCUGAUGCCACUCUGCAGAAGCUCGUGGCUGCCUUCGCAGAGCUGAGGUCCAUGGCCGACCAGGGCACCAUCACCUACCCCUACUCCACCCGAGAGGUGGUCAACAUUGUCAAACACCUCCAGAAAUUCCCUGAUGAGGGUUUGGCCAACGUGGUGCGGAAUGUCUUUGAUUUUGACUCAUACAACAAAGACAUGCGGGAGGUUCUGAUUGAAGCGCUGCACAAGCACGGGAUUCCCAUCGGAGCCAAGCCCAGCUCUGUGCAGCUGGCUAAGGAGUUGCCCCUGCCAGAGGUUCAGAUGACGGGGUACUGGACAGUAAACCAAGAUGGCAAUGCCCGCCGUAAACUGCUCUGCCCCACUGAGACACACUCCAUAGACAUAAAGGGCCCCGUGUUUCUGCGUGUGCAGGGUCACCCCUGCAACCGGCAGGAGAGCAGGGCUUUGAGUUUCAGUGAAGAGAAAGCCCACUGGCAGCUUCCCAUGAAUGAAGUCAACAUUAUCUGUGAUGUCACCGCCAAAGAUGGUGUGCUGUAUGUGGCCACGUGUAACCCGGUGUCCCUGUACUCCAUGAAGGAGGGAGGAGACACAGUCCACUGCGUCGAGCUCUAUGACAUCUUCCCCAGGACCAUCAGUGGUGUCUGGCAGCCCUUUGCCACUGUUGCUCCCCUUGGGAGUCCUCUGGAUGGACAGGUGGUGCUACACGAGGAGCAGAGCAACACAGUGCUCCAUCUGGACCUGGAGACGGGCGCCGUGCGGAGGCUCAUGUUGUCUCCGGACAGUGAUCAGCCCUCCGGAGGCUCGAACUGGUGGAGCAGUAAGGAACAGCAGGGAGGACAUAAAAUGUGCCGUGACUUUGCCCACAAAAACUGGCUUCUCUUCUAUAAAGAGGGCGGCAACCGGCUUGAGGUGCUGGAUGUGCUGGAGGCCCAGGUUCACUCCAUCUCACUCCCGAUCAAUCUGAAGUCCGUCUUCCUUGUGGCAGAGGACCGCUGGUUGCUCCUGGAGGGCAACACCAACAAGAAGUUCUUGUUGACCAAGCCCAUGCACACGGCGGCCGAAGACUCUGGAGUGUGUCAGCUACACAGUAUCAGUGAGGACCCAGUCAGCUCAGGCCAUGGAGUCAGCUCAGCUGAGGUGUCUGUGCCCCAGAUGUUGUCAUGUGAGCAGCUGCCCAAUGAGAACCUCAGUGCUGCUCUGGACCAGAAGAUUGUUUCACCUAGCCGUGUACUGGCUGACACCGGCUCCUUUGCACGGGUUGUCGUGGGCUUCCCAGACCUCAUGUCCCCUAAUGAGGUGUACAGCUUUAAGAGGCCUGUUGACCUGUCAGCAAUGAAGAGUGGUGACAGCAGUGCUCACAUGUUCCUCAGAGGUGGGCUUCGGUCCAGCCCGUCCAGACGGGAGAACUGUGUGAGUCUGCUCUCAGCCAACCAGCUGGUCCGAGCCCUUCCACCCAGCAAGGUGCCCCUGAAGGAGGUCUACCCCAAAGAUGUAACACCUCCGAUGACAGCGGCCUAUCUGGAGGUGACCGAUCUGAGCUCCAAAAAGGUCAAAUACAUUCCUGUCCCCAGGUCGAUGACUGUGUCGCCUUACACCAGCUGGUUGUCUAAGGUGUCCGAGACCGAUGUGCUGUUGGCUGCUCUUGGUUCUGGAGGUGUGGUCACAGUGGAUAUGGGCGGGUACGUUCGGCUCUGGGAGACUGGACUGGACACCCUGCAGCGAUCACUGAUGGAAUGGAGGAAUAUGAUCGGGACAGAGGAUGGCAGACCUAUACAGAUUACCAUCCAGCAGGACAGCGGUCUGGACGUCACAGCCCCGAAACAUGGCAAGAUCGACCUGACCAACGCUCCUCACGUUGGAGGAAACCAGUGGGCAGGAGGCACAGGUGGCAGAGACACAGCAGGGCUGGGUGGCAAAGGGGGGCCCUACCGCCUGGAUGCAGGACACCAGGUCUACCAGGUUUCCCAGGCAGAGAAAGACGCUGUUCCAGAGGAGGUCCGCAGAGCUGCGCGUGAGAUGGCGGAGAAGGCCUUCAAAGAACGGUUGAAGGAGAUCGACAUGAGCGAAUAUGAUGCUGCCACAUACGAGCGCUUCUCCAACACUGUUCGGAGACAAGUUCAGUCUCUACGCAUCAUCCUGGACAGUUUACAGGCUAAAGGGAAGGAGCGACAGUGGCUGAAGAACCAGGCUCUGGGAGAACUAGAUGACGCUAAAAUCAUUGAUGGACUGACUGGAGAGAAGACGAUAUACAAACGCAGAGGGGAGCUCAACCCAGAGCUGGGCAGUCCUCAGCAGAAGCCCAAGCGUCUCCGUGUGUUAACUGAUGUGUCAGGCAGCAUGUACCGCUUCAACGGCGUGGAUGGUAGGCUGGAGCGCUCCAUGGAGGCUGUGUGCAUGGUCAUGGAGGCUCUGGAGAACUACGAGCACAAGUUCAAGUACGACAUCGUGGGCCACUCAGGUGACGGCUACGAUAUUGAGCUGGUCCGAACAGACAAGGUCCCCAAGAACAACAAACAGAGACUCAAAGUGCUCAAGACCAUGCAUGCCCACUCUCAGUUCUGCAUGAGCGGUGACUACACUCUGGAGGGCACGGAGGCCAGCAUCAGGGAGCUGGCAAAAGAAGAGGCUGACGAGCACUUUGUGGUGGUGCUUAGCGAUGCCAAUCUGGAACGCUAUGGCAUCCAGCCUGAGCGCUUUGCCCAGGUCCUGACCUCUGACCCGCAGGUCAACGCCUUCGCCAUCUUCAUUGGUUCCCUUGGCGAUCAGGCCGAAAGACUCCAGAGGACCCUGCCAGCAGGGAGAUCCUUCGUUGCCAUGGACACUAAGCAGAUCCCCCAAAUACUGCAGCAGAUCUUCACAUCGACAAUGCUAUCCAGUGCCUGACACACACACACACACACACACACACACUCACUCACUCUUUAACUCAAAAGCUCCAAAUUUGUUCUGCAAGUUCGGAAACUUGCAGAGACCUUGGUACAGCGACUUCUCACAAUGUGUCCUUAGCCCACUUUCUUUGUACAGGUUGAAGUAGGAAACAUGGUUAUACAUAAUGUUCAGCUGCCGUGAGGCAUCCCUUGGGGAGCAGGUGCUGGAGGUACUGCACCGUGUGACCUGUCACUGUGGCUGUGCUCUGAUGACACACCCAGCAGUGACCUUCAGUGACAUGGUGAAUGCCUGCAGCUGGUCUCAUACCCCAUGUGGGGAUCAACACACAGGCUGACCAGGGUUUCUGGUCAGCAGCGUGCUGAUACAUGUACAGUACAUGUUUGUCCUGUUUUGGGUUGUGAGCCACUUUACUUAGAGGUGGGGUCAUGAACACAGCUUCACUUGUUUUGGACUUCCUGCUUUAUUUAUCAUCUGUGACACAAAAAAACACCCAGGGUGGCACUAACCCAGCCCCUGACUGACACUUGGACGUGGUGAGCAGCAAUAACUUGGCUCCUCUCGAAUGCUGGGACUGUGACCAGGGGAUUUCCACCUGACUGUGCACACUGUUUAGAGGACAUUGCACAACCCCUGUCAUCUGUGGGUGUGUGUUCUUGUACUUGCUAUAUGAGGACCAAAACAGUAUUUUUUGCUACACAGUGAGGACAUUUUGGCUGGUCCUCACUUUGUGAAACACCUUAUUUGAAGGUUAAGACUUGGUUUUAGGGUUCAGGCUAGAACUAGGGUUGGUAUUAGGGUUGGGGUAAGGCAUUUAGUUCUGAUGGUUAAGGUUAGGGUCAGGGGCUAGGGAAUGCAUUAUUUCAAUGGGUGUCCUUACAAAGACAGAAGUACAAGUGUGUCUGUUGCCCUACAGCGUCUAUGUCAGUAUGCACAACAAACCUUUCCUUCCUGGCUGGUGGACCUUGUGACGCCCCGUCCAGCAAAGAACCUGAGAUCACCUUUCACUGCCAACACUCUGACUCCUCUGUCUCAAACACACACAAACUGCUCUGCCACUGCAACACAAGUGACUAAGAAUCUGUUAGAACUGUUCAUAGUCAGAGGUGAAAUGUCUUGUUAAUGACCUGUCUUGGUAAUGCUCUAUUAUAUGGCUCCUGUAUUUGCCAGCUAGUUUCCUGGAAGCUAAAUUAGCAGUAUUUAUCUGUAAAUUACUGAUGAAGACUGUUGAAGAAAAGCGAGGAAAUUAUGUAGCACAAUACAUGAACCAAAAAUGUUUCAUUCUUUCUUUUGUGUCACACUGAGUAACUUUUUUUUUUUUACAGGUCACUACAAUAGAUGGAAAUAUGGUUGUGAAUAUAGAUUGCUGAAUCAACAGAGUUUUAUAGCAUAAUAUUUUAAUUUCUUGAUCAUCAUCACUUUAAAACACAAAACCAGGAAUUUCCAGUGCAGCUCAAACUGCUACUGUGUAUCAGCACAUUAUAGAUCCACCAUUUUUCACUUAUCAGCGUAGUUUCUUAGUUCUUUCUCAAAACUCAGAAACGUCUUAAAAAAUUCAAAAAUAAUACUUAAUAGUUGCAGCUAACAAUUUCCCCUAUAGGUAGUGAUAAAUUGCAGUGACCUUUCAUGGAAAUGCCCUGGUAAUUUACAAGGGACCUAAAAGGUAAAGCAUCGCCAUCAUCUCUGUUGUCUGUGCCAACUAUCAUGUGACUCCACAUCGGUUUCACCCCUGGUUCUCACGUUCACAUUCCGCUACACUAAAGGGGUGGCCCUGUUUUAUUGAACCUACUUUAGCCCCCCCCCACCCCACGCUCUGGCUCUCACUUUGCCAGAAGCAACUGAAGUGACUUCACAUUGAAAACAGGACUUGUGUCUGUGUAGACUUGUUGCUUGUUGAAACUUCAUGUUUAAGUGUGUAGGCAUUUUAAAAAAUCUAUUUAAUUGUAUAUUGUUAUUUAUAUAUGUGAAACUAACUAUGAAAUAAUGUACAAAAUUUUAAUA